UGUUGGUGGUGGAGGACCCCAGCUCAAUUGUGGAGCUUGGGAAGUGGUUCCACUCGACAGCACGUUCAUUCAGCACUUAGUUAGAUCCAAGUGCUGGGCCGAGCUGGACGAUACGUCGAACGGUAGUCAAAAUCGGGCGGGUGCCGUAGCUUGAAGUAUUGCACUCUCCUCAUUCAGUCAAUUGACAAUUGCUCCAAAGGGGUCCACGAUGUCGCCGUGCCCAGCAAAUGGCCGAUGACACCUGGUGCAUUCACUCUUUGAGCACUCGAGAAUUGGAAUAGAACGAGUCAGAGUGACUAAUACGAGCGUUCCGCGCGGGAAUGAGCCUACUUUUUCAAAUGGUCCCAGUUAGUGAAGAAAGCAGAUAGUGGAGACGAGCUUUUCCGGGACAAAACAUGAGAAGUUUUUUCAUCAUGGGAACACUCAAGUUUCCCCAAGUGCUGUCCAAUCAGACAGGAAAAGUUUUCUAACCAAAAAAUGUAUACCAACUUCGAGUUUCUUCGUUCUUUGACACCAUCUUCAUUCUAAAUGGGUUCCAAGUGAAUUCUUCAGACCGCAUUCCAGGAGAGACUGUAAUCUGAACAUCCAUCGCGGCAAUCAUCAAGAAAGCCCGCUUGAGAACUAAUGAUCCCUGUUCCAAUUCAUCUCAAAGAGAUUCCUUCAUCAUCCUCGCCCUAGGUGACCAGAUCGGAUUUCAGCUCUCGUUCGGCCCUCUUCUGUGACUGAGCAUACAAUAGUGGCGAAUGCCAGCCAGCCAGACACGUGGAAAGGCAAAGGCCUCUCUCGCCCUCCCAUGGGAGAUUCAAAUCUAAUCCACAAGACGGGGCGUGAUUUCGAAUAGGUUGGCGACGCAUCUAUCGAUUAGUUCAGAACUGGCUUGCGUGCGUGCAUAAAAAACACACGCACAAUCAAAACAUGGCCGCAUUAGCAGCUGCGUCCAUUCGCGACAAACGCAGGAGACAAGCUACAGCAGACGCCCACAAAAGUACCCCGGGAGGAGGUCGCCGGGACAGUUACAAGGAGGCACCCGGAGGAGGAACAGGGGACUCGAACAGCCGAAUAGCCGUCGGAUCUUCCCGAUCCUCCGUGGAUUGGCAACAAGUUCGUGAUGAGCUCCGGCAGACUGAGAUCCCACAGGAUGGCCUUGGGACAGCCUUUCCUGGCCGCCAAGGGCCUCCACGUGGACCAAGACAAAAGAAGAUUGAAGAGAACCACGCCAAGUACAGGAAACACAAAAAGGCCCAACAAAUGCAAGAACAAGUGAAAUCAUUGGAGGGCCUCUUACCUGGUCUGAAUAUCCAAGAAACAGAUAUUGAGCAACUGGAUGGUGAGGAUGGCAUCUAUCGCGCCAGCUCAAGUGCCAACGUGAUCUUGUAUGUGGGUCUAGGCAUGCUGGCCAUAGGCUUGGUCAUAACCUUUGUGGGCCUAGGUGAUAAAGGCUUCAAGACAUUGGAACUCAAACUCAUUGGGCCAAGUUUAGUUGGGUGCGGCGUGUUCUUUUGUCUUCUGAGAAUUCUAUUUUGCACUGUACCAUCAUGCUGCUCUUCAUGCGUGAAAUGCUGCAAAAAAUCGGAUGAUAAAAAGGCCCUGAUAGAGCAAAAGGACGAUAAGACUGCUUCAAAUUCUGGUGCCGUCAAUGGUAACGGUGUGGGAAACUCAAAUGGAACAAGCUUUCCCACCGAAUCUCGCCGCCGGGUGGCGCCCUCUUCUAGUCAAAAGAACCGCACGCAUCCAAAUUUCAUUGAUGAAACGAGUUCAGAGGAAGCAAAAACGAAAAAUAGCCAAAAACAGAACUUCAGACAAAAGGAGAUCCGAAGCGCGCACAGGGAAACGGAAAGCCUCAAGCAAGAAGUGUUCGCCAAGGAGCCCGAGGGCGAAAAUGGCCCAUCUAGUUCAUUUCGUAGUGACCGACAAAUACAUACGGCCAAACCGCUUAGUUAUGAUAAUUAUAGUAGCUCCGGUUCGUCCGAGUUUAGUUUUGCCGCCACCUCCGCGGAAAUUGUCAAGGCCGAAGGCAGCAAUCUGUCCUCCAUGGAGGUGCCCAAAGACAGUUUCGUGAACAAACUCGCCAAUAACGCCCACUAUCCCGAUUUCAACACGAUCCCUCAAUUCCCCAACCUCAAAGGAACGAAUCAAUCCGAUGAAUCGGUUGAAGCCGCGGAAUCAGGAUCAGGAUCCGCUCAGAAAUCUGAGGAGGAUUCUGUGAAUCUGGCCGAUCCUCAACUGGAAGUGCUAAUGAAUCCAGCCAAUUUGCAAGCAUAGACAUCACAUAUGAAGCUCUUCUAUCAAUCAAUCAAUUAAUUAACUGUAGCCCCUCGCUGGAGUGGACGCUACUCAAUCCUGACCCUCGGGACAAAAGAACGAAUCUCUUGUCCCUGGAUAAUCCUGAAAUAUAUCAUCUUAUUUAGUUAAAGAA